GUUGACGGCAAAGCCCCGCCCCGGAUGCGCGUGUCGCGGAAAGGGUGGCGGCGAUUGGCCGGCGCCGCAGGCGGGGGGGCGGGGCGGAAGGUUCUGGAGGGGGCUGGCGGGCUCUGGAAGCUUCCGCCGGACGGGUAUAUAGAGUCCAGGACCGGGCGGCGGCGGAGCCGGGGGACGGCGACAGCGGGUCGGCGGACCGCAGAGGGGGGUCAUGGGCAAAGACUACUAUCAGACGCUGGGCCUGGCCCGCGGCGCGUCGGACGAGGAGAUCAAGCGGGCCUACCGCCGCCAGGCGCUGCGCUACCACCCGGACAAGAACAAGGAGCCUGGCGCCGAGGAGAAGUUCAAGGAGAUCGCCGAGGCCUACGACGUGCUCAGCGACCCGCGCAAGCGCGAGAUCUUCGACCGCUACGGAGAGGAAGGCCUAAAGGGCAGUGGCCCCAGUGGCGGUAGCGGCAGUGGUGCCAAUGGUACCUCUUUCAGCUACACGUUCCAUGGAGACCCUCACGCCAUGUUUGCUGAGUUCUUCGGUGGCAGAAAUCCCUUUGACACCUUUUUUGGGCAGCGGAACGGAGAGGAAGGCAUGGACAUUGAUGACCCGUUCUCUGGCUUCCCUAUGGGCAUGGGUGGCUUCACCAACGUGAACUUUGGCCGCUCCCGCCCUUCCCAAGAGCCCACCCGAAAGAAGCAAGAUCCCCCAGUCACCCACGACCUUCGAGUCUCCCUUGAAGAGAUCUACAGCGGUUGUACCAAGAAGAUGAAAAUCUCCCACAAGCGGCUAAACCCCGACGGAAAGAGCAUUCGAAACGAAGACAAAAUCUUGACCAUCGAAGUGAAGAAGGGGUGGAAAGAAGGGACCAAAAUCACCUUCCCCAAGGAAGGAGACCAGACCUCCAACAACAUUCCAGCUGAUAUCGUCUUUGUUUUAAAGGACAAGCCACACAAUAUCUUUAAGAGAGAUGGCUCUGAUGUUAUUUAUCCUGCCAGGAUCAGCCUCCGGGAGGCUCUGUGUGGCUGCACAGUGAACGUCCCCACUCUGGACGGCAGGACCAUACCCGUCGUAUUCAAAGAUGUCAUCAGGCCUGGCAUGCGCCGAAAAGUUCCUGGAGAAGGCCUCCCCCUCCCCAAAACGCCCGAGAAACGUGGGGACCUCAUUAUUGAAUUUGAAGUGAUCUUCCCCGAAAGGAUUCCGCAGACAUCAAGAACCGUACUUGAGCAGGUCCUUCCAAUAUAGCUGCCAGAGCUCCCCACAGACUGACCAGGGACCUUUCCAGAGCUCAAGGAUUUCUGGACCUUUCUACCAGUUGUGGACCAUGAGAGGGUGGGAGGGCCCAGGGAGGACUUUCAUACUGCUGAAUGUUUUCCAGAGCAUAUAUUACAAUCUUUCAAAGUCGUACACUAGACUAAAGUGGUUUUUCGAGCGAUAGGGCAUCAGGUGGUGGGAACAGCAGGAAAAGGCAUUCCAGUCUGCCCCACUGGGUCCGGCAGCCCUCCCGGGAUGGGCCCACAUCCUCCUCCUCCAGUCCCUGUCCAGCGGUGAGAGGCAGACCAGCAGCUGGACUUGAUCCCUCUGUGUCCCUUUGCUUCUGACUGGUAGAUAAUGUCGACCUGCUGUCUUGGUUCCCAGACCCUGUACACUCCUCUGUUUUCUGUUGUGUGAUCAGUUCGUGAUUUAUUCUGUAUUUGUCUCCCAUGUCUUGCUCUUCCCCUGGAGAAUUCUGUCCUCUCUUUGGCCAUCUCAAAUUGAGAACCUAAACUAAUCCUGCAGAACUGCCCGGCUGGCGCCCACAAGCAAUACCUCUUGUUCCAGCAGGACCAAGGGAACCAGCCUCCAGCAAGUGACUCCAGCAAGUGCAGCCACCUCUGGCUGUAGUGAAGCUGAAUGUCCUCACUUUGUGGGUCACACUCUCCAUUUCUGUAAGGCAAUCUUGGCACACCUGGGGCUUACCAGUGGCCCAGGUAAUUUUUUGUUUCAUGGACUAUGGACUCUUUCAAAAGGAUCUGAUCCUUUUGAAUUUUGCACAGCCCUAGAUAUAAUCCCUUUUGAUAAAAGGGUCUUUGCUUCUGAUUACAGGAGCACUGUGGAACGUCUGUAAAUAUGUUAUUUUAUAAUUCCAUGUAUAGUUGGUGUACACUCAAAUAAAACCUGUCCCGGGCAGCCACUGCUCUCUGUAUAGGGCCAUAAUGAAAUUCUGAAGAAAUCUUGGGGAGGGAAGGGGAGUUGGAACAAAUGUCUGUUCGCUGGAGGCCAGUCUGGUGCUCAGACCUUUAGACUCAUUGUAAGUUGCCACUGCCAACAUGAGACCAAAGUGUGUGACUUGUCAAUGCAGCGCGACAGCAUUAAAGACUGAUGCUAAACCUCA